AUGAAAUUUAAAGUUUCUAAUCCCACUACCAAACCUUUCACUAAGAAAAUCAUCAUUACACAACCAUCUAUAAACAUAAACACCAAUAAAGUUAAAAUUACAAAUCCCACUACACAACCUACUACUAAGAAAGUCUUCAUUACAAAUCCCACUUUAAAUCCUACCAUUAAGAAAGUUAAUAUUACAAAUCCCACUAUAAAACCUACCAACAGCAUAACACUUCUUAUUACAAAACCUACCAAUAAGAUCACAACCAAUCCAAGUACAGCAACUACCACUAAGAACGAUAUUUAUACUCAACCCAACACUAUUAAUGCUACUAAGCAAGCUUUUAUUACCCAACCCAAUACAACUGCUAGCAGUAAAAAAGUAAUCAUUCCCCAACCAAAUGCAACUGCUGCAGCUAACAAAAUUAUCAUUACCCAACCCAAAAGAACUGCUAGCACUAAGAAAGUGAUCAUUCCACAACCCGAUACAACUGCUGCAGCUAAGAAAAGUAUCAUUACCCAACCAAAUACAACUGCUAGUACUAAGAAAGUAAUUAUUCCCCAAUCCAUCACAACCUCAACCACUAAGAAAACUAUUACCCAACCAAUAACAACUGCUACGGCUGAAAAAUACCUCCCUACACUCGCAAGUACAAUAGUAAAUAAAAAUAAUAUAGUCACCACAUUCUCAAGUCAAUCAACUACCACUUCCGCCACUAAGAAAGUAAUUAAAUUACAAUCUAGUCCAGAGGCUACCAUUUUGACAGUAAAUACCACAACAACCAGUCAACCAAAUACCACUAAGACAACACUCCCUACAACAUUAAGUAUACCAACUACAACUAAGACGAAUCAAACUACACCAUCAACUAUAUCAACUACAACUAAAACAUAUAUCCCUACAUCAACCAGUCAAGCAACUACCCCUACGACAACUCUAACUACAACAACUAACCAAACAACUACCACCAAUACAACUCUAACUACACCAACUAACCAAACAACUACCACCAAUACAACUCUAACUACAUCAACUAACCAAACAACUACCACCAAUACAACUCUAACUACAUCAACUAACCAAACAACUACCACCAAUACAACUCUAACUACAUCAACUAACCAAACAACUACCACCAAUACAACUCUAACUACACCAACUAACCAAACAACUACCACCAAUACAACUCUAACUACAUCAACUAACCAAACAACUACCACCAAUACAACUCUAACUACAUCAACUAACCAAACAACUACCACCAAUACAACUCUAACUACAUCAACUAACCAAACAACUACCACCAAUACAACUCUAACUACACCAACUAACCAAACAACUACCCCUACAACUCUAACUACACCAACUAACCAAGCAACUACCAGUACGACAACUCUAACUACACCAACUAACCAAACAACUACCUAUAAGACAACUUUAACUACACCAACUAGUCCACCAUCUACCACUAGAAAAAUCAUCAUAGCUUCACCUAAGCAAGCAAGUACCCCAAAGACAACUCACACUACAUCACCAAGUGAAGCAGGAAACAAUUCAACAUUGGUUGCUGAAGUUGGUUUACAGGACUCUGGUAAAAGCUUUACUGCGGCGAUUGCUAUAGGCAGUAUCCUGACUGUUAUUUUUCUAGGAAUUAUAGUUUAUGUGCGGCAUUUUAUGAAAGGCGUGGCCAAGUGGUACAGCGCUAGAACUGCGACCAGAAAGUCUCGAAUCAAACCAGCUCUGAUAAUGACACGUAGUGAAGAUAAAGAACAGUCAAUCUGUUUGAUUACAGUUUAA